AUGGAUGAUUUGUUGCGGCUUAUAUCAACAGAACCACUCUUCGAUACAUUACGCCAAUUACACAUAACAAUAGGUGAUAGUGAUUCCAACAAGCAUUGUCCUGUGUCAAUGUCUAAUCUAUCUAUUCGAAUGAUUAAUUUACAUACAUUUUCACUUGUUCAAACAUUCUUCUCAUUGUUAACAAUUGAAUGGACAGUUUUUGAAAUACUGACAUCUUCGAAUGUUAUGCCUGUUCUUCGACGUGCUAAUGUAUCUCUGUUUAUUAAUAUUAAUCAUUUGAGUUGUAUUAGUUCAUCAGGAAUCUUUAAUGAUCAUCGUCAUGUUGAUGUUCAUUUCGCAUUUAAUCUUCUUAAUUGUCCUCAAUAUAUCAAAGUGACACCAUAUAUACCACGUGGAAAUCGUUUUCAUUCAAGAGAAAUUUGUUGGUGCAACAUUCCUUGUUAA